CCUCUCUGGUAAUUUUCCUUUUCACACCACGGCCGGGCAUUUGCGAAUCAAUUCAGCGUACAAGCGCAGGUCCCCCCCUUCGGGAUAUGAAUGAUGAAUGUGCGUGUGUCCAUUUUCCAUAUCCACAACAGUCCACACACGACCCGCCCCCGGGCGGUAGUGAUUGGUUCAGAGGCUCCUCGACGUCUUCGUCGCACCGUAAAGAAAAACACACACAUCUGGAUGCGACCCCCGCGCAACUGGAGCGCUUUGGAAACACUGAAUUACGCACAGGAACUGAACCGACAUGGAGGAACGUCACAUCUCCCAAGUUGGGGUCAGACAAACAUCACCAGCAUGCUGGCACCGCAGGCAGAUCGGGUCAUGACGCUUGGAGAAUGGGAGGACCGCUGGCAGGAAAACAGAAUUGGCUUCCAUCAGUCCCAUGUACACAAGAUGCUGGAGAACAAUUUUGAUAAAGUUCUUGCUGGACGGACAGGAGUUCGCUUCUUCUUCCCUCUCUGCGGGAAAGCUGUAGACAUGAAGUGGCUAGCAGAUAUGGGACAUUCAGUGGUUGGGGUGGAGAUCUCUGAAAAGGCCAUUCAACAGUUCUUUGAGGAGAACAACAUGACCUACAUUGAGGAGCCUGUCCCUGCCAUACCUGGAGCAAAGGUUUACAAGAGCUCAGAGAAAAAUAUCUCCCUAUAUCAAUGUGACCUGUACAACUUCUCCAGUUCCAUUGAGGGUCAGUUUGGGGCAAUUUGGGACCGGGGAUCCCUAGUGGCCAUCAACCCAAAAGACAGAGAAAAGUAUGCUGCUCUCAUAAUUUCUCUGAUGGCCAGUGACUGCAGAUACCUUUUGGACACUUUGCUGUACAAUCCUGAGUUAUAUAAAGGACCUCCCUUUUUUGUGCCCGAUGAGCAAGUAACUCGUCUGUUUGGGGAAAGAUGUGAUAUCGAGCUGCUGCAGUCAGUGGAUGCCAUGACAGACAGACAGCGAGCCUGGGGGUUGGACUACCUGACUGAAACUGUACACCUCAUCUCUCCAAAGAGCAAUUAAACACUAGCUUGUAAGUUUAGAGAGCUUAGAAAAGCAGAUUAGGAGAAUUUUAUUGCAAAACAGGUUUAAUGCUUGGACUCAGUUGCAAUUUUGGGGGAAAAUGAAGGCAUAUGGAAAUAAAAUGUCAUAUUUUUUAAUGUCAUAUAGCCUCAAAUCAUUGUAUGAUGUAAGGUUUUGAAUGCCUGACAAAAUAAAUAAUGUUUUGUAAAAAGA